AUGCGCCGUUUUGUUUCCAAGUUUGCUGCGGCUCUGCCGGCACGCCUCGCCUCCACAGCCCCCCCGGCAGGGGGCGCGAAGGCUGCUGCCCCAGUCGCCGCUGCUGCCUCAGCUGCUGCGGGGCAGAAGUCGUUCUUCAAGGUGACAGAGAUGAUUGGCUACGUGCACUCUAUCGACGGCACCAUUGCCACGCUCAUACCGGCCCCUGGCAACCCUGGAGUGGCCUACAACACCAUCAUUCAGAUCCAGGUGAACCCGACGACGUUCGCUGCGGGCCUUGUGUUCAACCUGGAGAAGGAUGGCCGCAUCGGCAUUAUUUUGAUGGACAACAUCACGGAGGUGCAGUCUGGGCAGAAGGUGAUGGCGACAGGGCAGCUGCUGCACAUCCCUGUGGGUUCGGGCGUGCUCGGCAAGGUGGUGAACCCGCUUGGCCACGAGGUUCCCGUUGGCCUGUUCACGCGCAGCCGCGGCCUGCUGGAGCAGACAGUCGGUAGGGUGGACGCCGGCGCUCCGAACAUCGUGUCGCGGUCGCCCGUGAACUACAAUCUGCUAACUGGUUUCAAGGCGGUGGACACCAUGAUUCCCAUUGGCCGUGGCCAACGUGAGCUGAUUGUGGGUGACCGCCAGACAGGCAAGACGUCCAUUGCUGUGUCGACGAUCAUCAACCAGGUGCGCAUUAACCAGCAGAUCCUUUCGAAGAAUGCAGUCAUCUCCAUCUAUGUUUCUAUUGGGCAGCGUUGCUCCAACGUGGCGCGCAUUCACCGCCUCCUCCAGUCGUACGGCGCGCUGAAGUACACGACUGUCAUGGCUGCCACCGCCGCUGAACCCGCUGGCCUCCAGUACCUCGCGCCGUACGCCGGUGUGACAAUGGGCGAGUACUUCAUGAACCGCGGACGCCACUGCCUGUGCGUGUACGACGACCUUUCCAAGCAGGCUGUCGCGUAUCGUCAGAUUUCGCUGCUGCUGCGUCGCCCGCCCGGGCGUGAGGCGUACCCCGGUGACGUCUUCUACCUGCACUCACGUCUGCUGGAGCGCGCCGCCAUGCUUUCUCCCGGAAAGGGUGGCGGUUCCGUGACGGCCCUCCCCAUCGUGGAGACGCUUUCCAAUGACGUGACGGCGUACAUUGUGACUAACGUGAUUUCCAUCACGGACGGGCAGAUCUACCUUGACACGAAGCUGUUCACAGGCGGCCAGCGGCCCGCGGUGAACAUUGGUCUAUCCGUGUCGCGUGUGGGCUCCUCCGCCCAGAACGUGGCGAUGAAGGGCGUUGCCGGCAAGCUGAAGGGCAUCCUUGCUGAGUACCGCAAGCUGGCUGCCGACUCCGUGGGUGGGCAGCAGGUGCAGACGAUUCCCAUGAUUCGCGGCGCGCGGUUCGUGGCGCUGUUCAACCAGAAGCAGCCUUCGUAUUUUAUGAGCGCCAUCGUCUCGCUGUACGCAUGCCUAAACGGGUACUUGGACGACGUGAAGGUGCAUUACGUCAAGUUCUACGAGUACCUGUUGGUGCACAAGGACCUGAGCAUCAUGUACGGCGCGGCGAAGAACAAGUUCUUCUACAUGUAUGUGCAGGAGCUGAACUAUCUGAUCCGCUUCUUCACGCUGAACAAUCCCAUCCUGAAUGGCGAGCUUGAGGAGAUGCUGAAGCAGCACACACAACUGUUUCUGCAGCACUACCAGUCAAAGAUGAACGCCAUUAAGAGUGAAAAGGAGGUGAAGGCGCUGAAGAACCUGCUGUACUCCUGCAAGCGUGCUGUGUAG